UGUUGUCAUAGAGUAGUGUGAAGAAUCAGCCUGUUAUAUCAUGCAUAUACACAGAUGAUUGAUCCAAUGAUAGCCGGAAAAGUCAGCAAGCCUCUGCUGCUGCUUCGGAGUGAGAUGAAUGCAGAGUCGAGAGGUGAGGACAAGGCAGCUACUUCAGACAGUGAGCUGAACGAGCCCCUGCUUGCUCCUGUGGAAUCAAAUGAUGGUGAGGACACUCCCAGCAAGCUCUUCGGAGCCAGAGGCAACUCCGUGGCGGCUGAGGCAGGUACAAACGAUCUUCAUCCCCCCAGCCAGUCUCAUCCGGGAUUCUCAGUUGGGCCUCAGCCACUGCUAGCAGCGCAACAGUUGGCAUCCGCUGUAGCUGGAGUGAUGCCAGGAGGUGCGCAGGCCCUCAACCAGCCUAUCCUCAUCCCAUUCAACAUGGCCGGGCAACUUGGGGGGCAACAAGGACUGGUUCUGACAUUGCCUACAGCCAACCUUACAAAUAUUCAAGGUCUGGUGGCAGCUGCUGCCGCUGGGGGUAUAAUGACUCUGCCAUUGCAAAAUUUACAAGCUACCUCAUCCCUUAACACUCAGCUACAGCAACUACAGCACCUACAGCAGCUUCAUCAGCAUCAUCACCAACAUCACCAUCAACAGCAAGGACAACAACAGCAACAGCAAAGUACAACCCAGCAUCAGCAAUCAUCCCAGCAGCCUUCCCAGGCUCUUCCUCAACAGCAGUCCCAGCAGCAACCGAAUCAACAUCAGCAACAGCAACAAAACCAAACACAGACCAAGAGCCAGAACCAACUAGCUUCAUGCCAGCAGCCCUGCAGCUCUCCUCAGAAACCUAAUCAAUCACCAGGACAUGGCCUUCCUUCACCUAUAACUCCACCAAAUCCUCUGCAGAUGGUCAAUAAUCCCUUAGCAAACCAAGCAGCAGCAGCUGCAGCGGCAGCAGCUGCCAUGGGCUCAAUAGCGAGUUCACAGGCCUUUGGAAAUGCACUAUCCAGUCUCCAAGGUGUUACUGGACAACUUGUCACAAAUGCACAAGGACAGAUUAUUGGAACAAUUCCACUUAUGCCAAAUCCAGUAUCAUCAAAUCAAGCAGGAGGUGGAGCUCAGGGACUUCAAAUGCAGCCCAUCACACCACAACUGCUGACCAACGCCCAGGGACAGAUUAUUGCCACUGUAAUAGGGAAUCAGAUUUUGCCAGUGAUCAAUACCCAGGGUAUAACACUCUCACCACUCAAACCCGGACAACAGCUUCAUCAACCAGCACAGACAUCGGUGGGUCCAGCAACAUCACAGGCCAACCUUUUGCACCUGGCUCACAAUCAGGCAUCAAUGUCUCAAAGUCCAGUGCGUCAAGCUUCCUCUUCUUCUUCUUCAUCUUCCUCUUCUUCAGCUUUGAGUGUUGGUCAAUUAGUCAGCA